AUGGUUUCCCCGGCGAUCGCCCUGGCGUUCCUCCCCCUGCUGCUGACGCUGUUGAUCCGGUACCGGUUCUAUAUGGUUCUGCUGUACCGCGCGGUCCUGGUGCGCUGGUUCUACGACUGGCUGACGGGCCUGACCCGGGAGGAGCGGGCCUUCCAGUACGUCCUCACGCACGCCACGCCCGGAGAACCCGACACCAUCCUGGAGGCCUUCGACAGCUGGUGCAGCGACGUGGAGUACAUCAGCCACAUCGGCCCCAGGAAAGGUAAGAUCCUGGAUAAGCUGGUUCUGGACACCGCCCCGCUGGUGGUGUUGGAGUUGGGGACCCACUGUGGCUACAGCACGAUCAGGAUCGCACGGGCACUUCCUGUGGGGGCGCGGCUUAUCACCGUGGAGAUGGAUGAGCGGAAUGCACGAGUAGCUGAGAAGAUCAUUCGAUUGGCUGGCUACGACGAUGACCAGUGCGGUGGGUUUGUGGGCUACGCAGGCGGGUGGCAGUGCGGUGGGUUUGUGGGCUACGCAGGCGGGUGGCAGUGCGGUGGGUUUGUGGGCUACGCAGGGUGGCAGUGCGGUGGGUUUGUGGGCUACGCAGGGUGGCAGUGCGGUGGGUUUGUGGGCUACGCAGGCGGGUGGCAGUGCGGUGGGUUUGUGGGCUACGCAGGCGGGUGGCAGUGCGGUGGGUUUGUGGGCUACGCUGGGUGGCAGUGCGGUGGGUUUGUGGGCUACGCAGGCGGGUGGUAG